UUUAUUCAAUUUCCACCACCAGGAAGAUAGGAAAACACCCGGGUGGCCAGUGACAAACACUGCCCUUAUGUCCUUUAUAUCUUUUUUCCUUUCUUACGGUGAAAGACACAAAGUGGAGCUCUUUCAUUAAUGCUUUCAUGAAUGAUCCCAAGACAUGAAUUACAUGCUCAAUGGUUACUUCUGAUGAUGUUGUAAAGCUAAUGAAAGUGACAGACUACACAGCUGAACAAUAUUAGCUAUGGAGAUACUUGGGACUUGGACAGAUAAGAGGCAGAUGAAAUUCAAUGUUGAGAAAUGCAAAGUUCUUCAUUCAAUCAGGCAGAAGCAGUUACAGAAGGGGAAGGAAAAUAAUGCACAUUGAAAAUGAAAGAAAUGUGGUGGUCCUGAUUGACAAUAAAUUAAAACUAUUGCAGCAAUGCUAAUUGGCAGUUAGUUAAACAAAUUAGAUGCUAAGAUGUAUUAAAUAGUCAAGUAGGAGCCAAUCAGUGAAGUAAUCCUGCCAUUUUAAAAAUCAUUAUAAAUUCUGACCACUGAAAUACAAAUUGGAUUUUGCAACAUUUAAAAAUACCAGAAUGAGCUGGUCAGACUGGGUUAUGCUGAGAAAUUUUGAGAAUUUAGCAUGUUCUCUCAAGAAAAGAAAAAAUUGAGAAAUUAUUUGAAUGACUAAUUUUGUGAGUAUAAAAAGACAAGGUAGACUGCAAUCAUUUCACCUCCAGAAUAGUGAGGUUACAAGACAUAACCUGCUCUUGAAUGGGGGCGAUGAACACGGUGGGGGUGGGGGAGAGAAUUCAACAUUAUUCUGCAGAAACAGUACUUCAGUGACCUUAGAAGAGACAGAGAUAAGGAAGGAAUCUCGUCAACUUAUCAACCAUGACAUGAAGGAUAGUCAGACCACGCCUUUGACUGGGAAUUGGCAGUCGGAAGGGGAGCUUCUGCUAGAUGCACUAGAUGGGUUUGUACUUCUAGUGAGUGCUGAUGGAAUGAUAUUUUAUGCAUCUCCUACAAUCAUCAACUAUCUGGGAUUUCAUCAGACUGACGUGAUGCACCAGAGUGUGUAUGACUUCAUCCAUGUUGAUGAUCGGCAGGAGUUUCAGCGGCAGCUACACUGGGCCAUGAAUCCACCCCAGCAGGUACCUGGGCCAGAACCUCCAGGACAGGGAGCUAACGGUGAUGAGUAUCGGGGCUCUUUCAAAAUUCGUGACUCAAAAAUCCAUGACCCAAAAGUUCUGCCGCCAGAGUUUUCUCCAUUUUUGAACCGUUGUUUCAUCAGUCGAGUGCGUUGCCUGUUGGAUAGCACGUCAGGAUUCCUGACAAUGCAGUUCCAGGGCAGACUGAAGUACCUCCAGGGACAGAGGAAGAAAACUGGUUCUGGUGCUAACCUUCCCCCACAGCUGGGUUUGUUCUGUAUUGCUGUGCCACUGCUGUUCCCUCCCGUCAACGAGAUGAAUCUGAAAGGGUUGCUCCUCAAAACCAAACACAGGCUCGAUGUCAGUCCUCAGACAAUCAAUGCAAAGGGCAAAGCAGCUGCAGGAUGGUCAGACACAGAGGUCCGAGCAAGGUCAGGUUGCCAUUACCUCCAUUUCACAGACAUGCUGUACUGCGCAGAGAACCAAAUACGAAUGGUGAAUGCUGAAGAAAAGGGCCUCAGAGUCUUCAGAGUACUCACAAAGGAAGGCCAGUGGGUUUGGCUUCAAAGUAAUGGCCAUCUGUCCUACAGGAACAAAACCCCAGAAGAUGCCACAUCACCUAAAGAUGAAAUCAAGGAUGCAGAGAGAUCCAGAGAGGACCGUCUGAGGAACCAAUCAAGUGCAGACCAGACUGCCAGCGCCAACAGACUAGUCUACAACAACUGCACUGAAACACCUCUGCAGUUGAAACAUUUAUAUGAGCAGCACUCAGAAAAAGAAGGAAGAGAGGAGAAAUAUGAACCCAUUAGAAGUGACAGUGGUGUCAACCAAAAUGAACCACUUAACUUUUGCACCUCAUUUCCCAGGAGUCCAAAAGUUACCAUGGCAGAUGAUUUAUGGGGCCCAGAGUACUCCAGAGGUCUCUCGAAUUUGCAGCCACCAAAACAAAUGGAGAGGUUAAGUAACAUUCCUGUUCGAGAGGCCAAACCCUUCUGUGGUAGAAGUAGACUGCUGUCCGAGCCCCGGCUCAGGGGUAGCACCCAGGUCUCCAGCUUUCAAAGUAUAUCCCAGAGCUUCAGGAACAUUGGUGAAGAGGUGCAACAGAACCAGCCCUAUGGCAGCUUGCCAUACACUAACCUGGAUGGUUACCCGUCUGAAAGCUGUAAGUCUGAAGAUGCCAGCUUUGUGGCUAGCAGGCCAAAGGAGCACCCUGCGGGGUACUGCAACAGUGCAGAAGUAUUUCUGGGAGUGCACAUCAAAAGUGAAUACAGUCCUGACUCGCACAAUGAAAUGGAUGAGCCACUAGGGUCUCCAAGUCAUCAGUGGGCUGACACCGGAGAGGUCGGGCAAAAAAUGGCAACGAGCUUCCCAGGGCAGCCACAGGUGAAGUGUGAUCCCAAUACACUGGAGCAGUUGCCACCCUGCGAAAAACUGAAGACUCCUUUGCUACCCCCAUUCUGCAGAGCCAGCGUGGCCAAGGGCAGCAGUCUAUGGAUGGCAGGCAGCGCAUGUAGCCACAACCGACUGUUGAAACAUGACAUAGACAUGGCUCAUUUCAGUCCACAGAGCGCUGCUCAGUCCCGUUGCACUCGCCAUGAUCAACCCGUAGACUGUUUGCAGGCAAUUGCCUUCCCACAGCGUCUUAUCCAGGACAAGGACUUGAGUCAGGAGACACACAAAAUACCGCUGCAGUUCAAAGGUCAUGACCUAAUCCACGCAGUCAUCAAACGAGAACCCUCACUCUCUCCUCCCUGGUCUUGUGACAAUCCACACAACACACAGACAAGCUUACAAAGAAAUAUGCCCAGUUGUUUGAUAAAUUCAUUGACUCAUAAAAUUACACAGAACACAUAUUUGUAAUUUUUUAAAAUAAUGACAUUGUUUUAAAGUUUUAUUUCAAAAUGCCUUUGCUCUGAGAAUGUUUAAUGAAAAUAUUUACUUUGCUGUAAACCCUGAUGUAUUACCCAUCGCCAUUUAUUUUGCAAUUUUGUAUGAAGAUUUUCAUUAUAAUUUGCCGUUGAUGUAUUGUGUAUGAAUGUAACAGUCUUGGAGUACAUGAAAUACAUUGAGAUACUUGAUAUUUAUGUCUGAGGAAUCCAUAGGUAGAACAACAAUUUGGAUUUGUACAGUGCUUUCAAAAUAAUAAACAUCCCAAAGCACUUUAAAGCAUCAUUAGCAGACAGAAUUUGGUGCUAAGCCCCGUAAAGAAGAUAUUGGGACAACUUGUCCAAAGAGAGAGGCUUUAAGGGGUGUUGUCAAGGAAGAGAGAGCUAGAGAGGAAAAGAGAGUCAGUGGGGCAUUUGGGAAAUUCCAAAACUUAGGGUCUACACUUUCAAGUCAUGGUCUCCAGUUGAAUGGAAUAAAUCGCUGAUUUUAAUUUGGGAUAUUGAGUGUAUGGAUUAAAAUUAGGGCAACUGUUUGGUCAAAAGAUAUGUAGCCUUUAUGUUGUCUAUAUAAAAACAUUUAAUUUCUUUUUUUUCACCUCCAUUGAGUUUCUGGUCUUGUCCUUAAGACAAUUGUCCACUUUUCUGCUGUUGAUAUAUUGUCCAAAUCAUUUUUUCAUGAUAUCAGUCUAUGAAAUGGCUGAUCCACCAUAUAGCUCAGCCUUAUCUAGUCUGAACCUGAUAUCCACAGAGUUCCAGCACCAGAGUAUUGGGCAGCAACAUGGAUAAAUGCGGUGUAUUUCACCUGAAAUGACUACAUUCAGGUUAAUUGCAAUCCUGGGAUGCAUAACUGGUAUAACUCAGGUUAAACCUAGGAUCUGCCUUUGUCUGUAUCAUACAUGGACCUUAUUUCUUUUUUCAUUUUAAAUCAUCUAAUAUAAAAUUACUUUGCUUAUAAUGUGUGUUCUUCUGCAAACUAUGUGCUAUUGCAAACAAAAUAAUGUGCAGAGAGAUUUCCUGUUCUUUUGCAAUUGAAAAAAGGAAAUGAACUAUCUUGGGACAUCUUUUUGCAUUAAAGGGACAAUAUAAAUUCAUGUUGUUGUAUCCAAUACAGAAUAUCAGAGUAUGGAGAUGCACAUCAUCUUUAUAUUGAAUUUCUAUUGUUUUUGGGCCUGUGCCCACACUCAUUCAUGUUCAAACUUGCUCUGUAACAAAUCAUGGGGUAGGAUUUUCACCCCAUUAUAGAACAGGAACAUGGCAUCAUUUUAAACCACCAGCUGGCAUGCCAGCUUACCAGCAUUAUCCUAGCCCCAAGCAGUUUUUGUAAACGCUUGGUCAGGGGUGGAUCAACUACCCACCUGCAAGUGGGUGGUAGAUAGUUAGGAUCAUUAAAAGCCCAAUUAAUGUCUUGGACCAGAGGCCAACAGGAAUGUUCUUCAAAUUGAAAAGUCCUCUUUAUUCCUUCAUCAGCUUCUUCUGUACUGGAGGGUAUAUCAUUGGUUCUUUAGCUUUAAAAGCCCACCCACCAUUGUUAAUUGGUGGUAUGUUUUCAAGCCCCUAAUUGAUUAGAAUCAAGGCAAAAUCAAUGACCUUUCCUUACAUAAUGCAGAGUUGGAAUCAGGGUUUGAUCCUGAUGUCAAGGUCCUGACCCCCAAGUAGAAAAAUCUACCCAUGGCCUUAGUAGUAUAAUGGCUGUAUUGUUGGACUGUACCUCCAUAAAGUUUACAUCUAAUGUGACCAUGUGGCUGUUGGAUUAUCAUUAAAAACACUGAUGACCUUUCAGGAAGGAAACCUGUCACCUUUGUUCAGUGUGGUCUCUGUGUGUGAUUUCAUAACAGACUUUCUGUUGUGCUCUGGGAGAGACCAUGAGAAACUCAUAAUGAUACUCAGUUGUAUCACCACCUUCUCAAAGCAAUCAGGGAAUGGCAAUAAAUUAUGGCCUUGCCAAGGAUGCCAACAUCCCAUUAGCAAUAUUGUUAAAGCCACAGGUGCCUGCAAACAUAUUCCUCAUCUUUUAUGUUUGCAUUUGUAUAACAUUUUAAAUACUUGCCAAGUCAAUAUUGUGGUUUAUUUUGUCCAGAUGUGUCGUAAUCAUAAGAAUCAGGAAACAUAGGCACAAAUCACAGGAAAUCAGGCACAUCAAAUUGUUUCAUUGACAUAAUAAAAUAGGAGCAUCACAUUUGAUUAAAUUCUUAUUUACAGGACAUCAUUCUGAUAGCAUCUACAUAAGAAUAUCAAUGUAACUUGUAAGUAAACGUCUACAGCUAAGUUUGAAAUUAGGUUUCUUUUUUGGCAAUGUUUUUCCCAUUGCAUUAAUACAUUACACCUGUGACGUAAUCACUGCAAGAUUAAAGGGACUUCACCUCAGUAAAUCACUAGGAGACAUUUAACAUCAUUCAACCAUCAAUAUUAAUUGUGUUUUAAUUCAAAUGGCUUCCCUGUGAAGAUGAAGAUUAAUAUAAUUAUCUCCGCUUGUUGUCUCAAAAAUGAUUACUUGUGAAUUGUCUCCUUCAGAAUGUCAGAAAAAUAUGCCUAGCCUAUUAAAUCAAGUAUUAAAAGAAUAAAAUUUUGAGAACAAGCACUUCUCCAUCACUGUUUACGAACUGCUAAAGUACAUUGUCAAUGUUGCUGCUCAUCUUUGUAAAAUAAAAACAGCAAUAAUGUACAGAAAGCAACAUUUAUUUACGAAACGCCAAUUUUGUUUUCAUCAUAUGUGACAUCUUUAAUACUUUUCUUUUGUUUCUGUCUAUUAACGUUUUUCUUUUGGGGUGGUGCAAAUUACAGCAGAAAAGCCCUUGUAGGUCAAGUAUUGCUGGUAACUAUUUCUCUGUUUCAACAAGUUGCCUUAAAGCCAACUUCAUAAACCCACUGCUAAGAUAAAUCAGUCUUUGGCAGUUCAAACCUAUCACUGUUAAGCACUUGUUCCCUCCCGACUUCCCUUUAGGAGGACAGCAAGAUUUUUGUACUAAGUUGUUCUGCAGUUCCUAUUGCAUUAUUUAGAAGUUAAUGUACCAGCAGAUAUUUCUGAAAUCCUUUGCAAGUUUUUAAAUUAUAUUUUAUAUUCAAUGCUAGUCAAUCUUAAUGUUGCACACACACAGUCAAAACCUAAUUUUGUUUUCAGAUGGGGGAAAACACAAUGUAUUUCAGUCCACAUUUUAACAUCAUACAUUCUGUCCUUUCCUGUUCACUUCCAUGAUAGGUUCUUAUGUCUCCACCUUUAAAUGGAUAUGACCUGUGAGGCAUUAAACUGAGGCUCCAUCUGCCUGUCAGGUAAAUGUAAAUGAUUCAUAGUAGUCCUUCAAAGAAAACAGGAACUGGUGUCCAAGUCCAAGUCAACAAAUAUCCCUCAAAUAAGUUCACUAAAUUAUGUACUCAUUAUUACAUUGCUGAUUGGGGGAGCUUGCUGUGCAUAGAUUGGCUGUCAUGUUUUCUACAUCGUAUCAGUGACAACAAUUCAAAAGUAUUCUAUUACCCGUGAGAACUUUGAAAUGGCCACACAUUGUAUAAGUGCUAUAUAAAUGCAAGCUCUGUUAUUUUUCUUUCCAUAUGUAAAAUCAUUCUAUACACUACCAAACAUGGUAUUGCCAUAUUUUCCAGUACAAGUAUGGACAAAUUUUUAAUGUUCAAAUAAUAACAGGAGAUCUUUGCAAAUAUUAGGUUUUUAACAUAGAAUUUGAAAUAUAUAUGCAACAACUGAGUUUUUCUAAAGCUUGAGAAGAUAGUUUCUGUUCAAAAACAAAACUUCAUAAAAUCUUCAUUAUAAUAUUGUUUACAUCAUUGAUUUCCAUUUUUCCUUAAUUAAAAUACAAAGAAGAAAAUUCUCCUCAUUAUCUUUCAGAUUGUGUGGAUCUGUCAGGAAAACAAUUAAAGCUGUCAGUUUCUCCAAUGAAUGUGUUUUCAGAUGUUAAGACAAUGGAAAAAUCCUUCAUGUUCUGCUAUUUUGCAGUGUGCACUAAUUUUUUUUUGUAAUUACAAAACAUUGUAAAUAAUUGUUUAAAAAUAACCUGCAAUAAAGUAUUU